GUGCGGAGGGUGACGUCAUUAGUGCGAGCAGUAAACAGAAGCUGGACAGGGAAGGCUGGUCUCGUGCUGAAACAUGGUCUUGGGCUUGCUGCCCUUUACAGCAGCGACCAGGUUCACACACCUCUCGGCCGCCGACCCGUACACGACGCAAAAAUAAACAAAUUGGAAAACCGUUUCCGACCAUGGCGACGGGAGGUGGGACGAUGCCCAACCUUGAAGGGCAAGCCUCGAACUUCGCCCACUCCGGAGCUGGGAGGAGCGGAGCGGCCGCGUCCGCAGUAGUGGCGGGUCCGGACCCCUCCUCGGCCCUGGGCCUGCACCGGGAGCCCAUGUACAACUGGCAGGCGACCAAGAGCAGCGUGAAGGAGCGCUUUGCCUUUCUCUUCAACAACGAGUUGCUUAGCGACGUGAAGUUCGUGGUGGGCAAGGGCAGGCAAGCUCAGAGGAUCCCGGCUCACAAAUUCGUGCUGGCGGCUGGCAGUGCCGUCUUUGACGCCAUGUUUAACGGGGGCAUGGCGACUACCUCUGCAGAGAUUGAGCUGCCUGAUGUGGAGCCGGCGGCAUUCUUAGCCUUGCUCAGGUUUCUGUAUUCAGAUGAAGUUCACAUAGGUCCAGAGACCGUCAUGACCACUCUGUACACUGCCAAAAAAUAUGCAGUUCCCGCACUGGAGGCGCACUGUGUAGAAUUUCUUACCAAACAUCUCCGAGCUGACAAUGCCUUUAUGCUCCUUACCCAGGCUCGAUUGUUUGAUGAGCCUCAGCUUGCCAGCCUGUGCUUAGAUACAAUAGAUAAAAGCACUGCUGAUGCAAUAAGUGCAGAGGGCUUCACAGACAUUGAUUUAGAUACACUCUGUGCUGUUCUGGAGAGAGACACUCUGGGUAUUCGAGAGAGCAGGCUUUUUGCAGCAGUUGUACGCUGGGCUGAAGCAGAGUGCUACAGGCAGCAGCUUCCACUUACUUCUGAAAACAAACAGAAAGUUCUGGGAAAAGCUCUCUCGCUUAUUCGCUUCCCUCUGAUGACUGUGGAAGAAUUUGCUGCAGGGCCUGCCCAGUCUGGAAUUUUGUUCGAUCGGGAGGUGGUAAAUCUGUUUUUACACUUUACAGUAAACCCCAAACCCCGGGUUGACUACAUUGACAGACCAAGGUGUUGUCUCAGGGGAAAGGAAUGCAGCAUAAAUAGGUUCCAACAGGUAGAGAGUCGCUGGGGAUAUAGUGGUACCAGUGACAGAAUAAGGUUCAGUGUUAAUAGAAGAAUAUCUGUAGUAGGUUUUGGGCUCUAUGGAUCUAUACACGGUCCUACAGAUUAUCAAGUCAACAUACAGAUUAUUGAAAGUGACAAAAGCCUGACACUUGGACAGAAUGAUACAGGAUUUAGCUGCGACGGAACUGCUAAUACUUUCAGGGUCAUGUUUAAGGAACCCAUAGAAAUCAUACCGAAUGUCAGCUAUACUGCCUGUGCAACUCUUAAGGGCCCAGAUUCGCACUAUGGCACAAAAGGACUGAAGAAAGUGGUUCACGAAUCUACAACAGGGACCAAAACAACUUUUUUCUUCCUUAGCUCACCUGGGAAUAACAACGGCACUUCAGUGGAAGAUGGACAGAUACCAGAAAUAAUUUUUUAUACAUAAAACAUGGAAUUGGAUUAUCUUUAUCAAUUUUACUUUUCAGUUGUACAGCAGCAUGCGCCGUCGUCAGGGAUUGCAGAGAAGACUUGAGCAUGCAAAAAGGGAGUUGGAGACUCAUGCACAUGCUGGCCAUUGUUUGUCUAGUUUUACCUGUUAGUACUGUACUGUAGAAAAGGUGCUACUGGUCAUGUGGGCUGCUUUGAGAAACUGAGCCGAAGAAGACCCCAGGACUGUUAAAGGCUGGUUAAGUCUCAGAUUGUCUGGACUUCGCUCAGGCCUGGGGUGUGCUGUGUCAUGUUUUUUUUUUAGCAAAAAGUAAGCUACAGCAUAUGGUUUCAUACUUUUCAUACAUUUUAAAAUAGCUCAUCUGCUAACUGUAUGUUUGAAAUGUGCUUCCUUCACUCUCAUCAGGAACUUCUCAAGGAGCUGUAUCUAGCAUGUACAUGACCACAGCAAUUGCUGACAUCAGCAGGCUAAUAUUGAUAGCCACAGCCACCACAACUACACGCAGAAACCAAGAAAAAACAAAUUCCCAGACUUCAGCGUUUUCAUGUAAAUGUCAAACAUGGUCAUAGUUGAAAACCAUCCUAGGAGUGCAUCAAGAAUUUGUACAGUCUUGUCUUCUGUAAAAUAAAAUAUGUACUAAUGUCAUUGA